UUGCCAAGGAGUCCACGGAGACGGGCGGUGGCGCGGGCACCGGAGACCCCGGCCCCUCAUCCAAGUCCCAAAACCCUAGCCGUGCGCAGAAUUCAGUCUUUUCGCAACGCCUUUGCCUGUUCCGAAGGAGCGUCGCCUCGCCUCGCCUCGCCUCGCCUCUUUGCAUCUGCGCGCAUCUCGUCGCUUUCAUUUCUCACUAUGACUAAGCGCACGAAGAAAGCCGGAAUUGUUGGCAAGUACGGUACCCGUUAUGGUGCCAGUUUGAGGAAACAGAUCAAGAAGAUGGAGGUCAGCCAGCACUCCAAGUACUUCUGCGAGUUCUGCGGGAAGUUUGCGGUGAAGAGGAAAGCUGUUGGUAUCUGGAACUGCAAAGACUGUGGAAAGGUCAAAGCCGGAGGUGCUUACACCUUGAACACGGCCGCUGCAGUUACUGUGCGCAGUACAAUCAGGCGAUUGAGAGAGGCAACCGAGAGUUAGAUAUUUCCAAACUUUAGGUCCACUUAAAAACACUUUUAUUUUUGACAGAUGAUUACAGUGCUCGCCAUUUGUUUGUGACGGACGCCUCUUUACUUUGUCUCACCUUUUGGGAAGGUUGUAUUUCUCGUCGGUGCUCCUGUUUGUGUACCUUAAUCUUUGUUGUAUGCA